AUGGGUGCAGCCCAGUCCAAUGAGCAUGGUGCAUCAUCCCCAGCAGAGGAGUUAAGCUUGGUUCUCGCUGAGCGCUUCGCCACAAAAUGCUUUACUCCAUUAGAGCUCACGCAUUUCAAAGACAAUUUCUACUCUCGGGCCUUGGAGCAGGGAGGCCUACGAUACUGGAAUGAAGAAGUCCUCUCAGACUUCUUAGGCAUCCCAGAUGGUAUAUACGUCGCCUCACAGAAACAGCCUUUAGAUGUAGGACCGGUGAUUUUUCGAAUGGUCUCUUAUCUGGGAGCAUUUCCAUUUCAAAACACGCUCGCGCCCAGUGUGUUGACCUUUGAGGCCAUGGUCAAGGUCGUUGUGCUCCUGACUGAGCGCUACAGCAAAGCUCUAAAGCGUGGACACAAGGAUCGAAUCAAGUUGCUCUUUGGCAGCCUGGCUGACGUAGGGAGGAAGACCCCCGCCGAGCCCUAUGGAAAAUCUACCACCGAAGAUUCCGAAGCUUCGGUUGAACGUUCCUAUGCGCUGGGUUUCUCCAUAGAUGAACCUGCCAACGAUGAAUACGAAGAAGACGAGGAUGAUGAUCUUGCACUUGCAGCACUGGAGUCUCUUGACGCGAUUGAAGUUUUCAAACACGAUCACCGUGUUGACAGGACUGUUUAUGAAACCCGGAUUUCGAUUGAUACAUUCCGCCGGUUGCUUAUGCUACUGCUUGUGAUUGCACCACUAAAGCCAUUGGAGUCUAUGAAAGUGUAUACCUCUGGACUGGAUGGUCGGCGUAUGGAAUUAGUUAAGAAAGAAGCGGACUGUAUCAUAGCAGCCUUUUCACCGGAGGAGAGUGAUGAUGGGAUAUCGUACAAGGCUUUUGCCCGUACAAUAUCGCUGUCUCUGCCAUAUCUGUUCGAUCCACUCACAGCUCUUUUCGAGCAUAUGCUUUUCAGCAAGAAUCUGAAUCUCUCUCAACACCGCCACAAAGAUCAAGCUACGGAGACCGAACAGGAAGAGAACGAAGAACUUCCCUCGCCAUCGGCUACACUUACACUUCCUGGAAGUUUUAAGUCGGCCAUAUUGGACUCAACACUUACCUCGCAUCUUUCAUUCUUCCUUCCAUCUACAUCAACCGAUAUAAAUGUCCUCCGAAGUAGCGUCAAACUACAUCCCGUCUUCUCCACAAGCGCUCACGGAUCUUCCCUAACAUCAUUCUCCCACCACGUCCUUACCUGGCAAACUGCCACCCUGCUCCUCCUGCAAGGAUCUCUAGCAGACUCAAACGGCGAAGAGUUGAUCACACUCGGCGCCUACAUCCCCCAAAUGUGGAGAACCUCCACAUCGGCCUCAAGCUCGUCUUCAAAAAACUCUGACAUCCUCCCUUGCCUCUUCCAACUAUAUCCAAAACACCUACUCCUUCCAGGCAACCCCUCCCUAUCCGCAAAGAAGCCCAACACCCCAAUUGCCUAUUUCUCACCCAACACCGGCAUUGCAAUCGGCUGCCGCAUCCCCGCUCCCUCUCGCACGCACCAGACCUACCCAACCCCGCACGGAGCGGGCAGUCUCAUCAUCGACGCAAACAUAGAGAUAGCUGAGUUCCACGCUGCAUCAUUCGGACACGACGGCGUCUUUUUACCCGCUGCCAAUACAUCCCUCGAAGACCCGCCGACUAACAUCAAGCUUGACCUGCAUACCCUAGAGAUUUGGGGCAUAAUCCCUGAUCCGGAGUCGUCGUUUUCCGCAGAUCCGAGAUUGAGUCCAGUGGAGAUCCAGCGUGCAAAGUGGGAAUUUGAGGCACGGGAGGCUGAGCGCCGUCGUAAUAUCAAUCUUAAGGCUGGGGCUGGCGAUUCCGCGAGAGAGAGUGCUAGGUGGCUUCUGGAAGCGGCUGGUAUUAUCGGGGAUGAGGCAAGAUACUCUGGCGAGCGGGGUUAA